AUGAAGCAACCAGAAGGGUUAGCUACUACAGAGCAAACUAACCAAUUAGUUUGUAAACUAAAGAAAUCCAUAUACGGUCUCAAGCAAGCUUCUCGUCAAUGGUACUUAAAAUUUCAUAAGGUUGUUCUAUCAUUUGGUUUUGAAGUAAACCUUUUUGAAGAUUGUGUGUACCAUAAGUUCAGUGGGAGUAGAUUUAUUUUUUUGGUGUUAUAUGUGGAUGACAUUUUGCUCGCAAGUAGUGAUAUAGAACUUCUUCAUGAAACCAAAAAAUUUCUUUCGAAGCAUUUUGAAAUGAAAGAUCUUGGCGAAGCUUCUUUUGUAUUGGGGAUCCAAAUUCACCGUGACCGUUCACGAGGAAUUUUAGGAUUAUCACAAAAGGGUUAUAUUGAGAAAGUUUUACAACGUUUUGGCAUGCAAAAUUGCAGACCACAUGAUACCCCUGUAUCUAAAGGAGAUAAGUUCAGUCUCAAACAAUGUCCGAAAAAUGAGUUAGAAUCCAAGUUUAUGGAAGGUAUUCCUUAUGCAUCAGCGGUAGGGAGUUUGAUGUACGCGCAGGUCUGUACUCAUCCUGAUCUCGCGUUCAUUGUUGGAAUGCUUGGUAGAUACCAAAGCAAUCCGGGAAGAGAACAUUGGGUUGCAGCCAAAAGAGUUUUCAGAUAUUUACAAAAUACUAAGGAUUAUAUGCUCACGUAUGCGAAAUCGGAUAAACUUGAGAUUAUUGGGUUUUCUGAUUCUGAUUUUGCUGGAUGCCAAGAUAGUCGGAAAUCAACAUCUGGUUAUGUAUUUUUAUUAGCCGGUGGAGCUAUUUCUUGGAAAAGUGCCAAGCAGAAACUUGUUACAUCUUCAACUAUGGAAGCUGAAUUUGUUGCUUGUUAUGAAGCAUCCAAUCAUGUUAUAUGGCUGCAUAACUUCAUUACGGGACUGCGAGUGGUCAACGAUGUCGAAAGACCAGUUAAGCUGCAUUGUGACAAUAGAGCAGCAGUCCUGUAUUCAAAUAACAACAGGAGUUCUUCUAAAUCUAAACAUAUAGACAUUAAGUUUCUUGUUGUGAAGGAAAGAGUUCAGAGUGGUUAUAUUGAUAUUCAGUUUAUAGGAACAAACUCCAUGCUUGCGGAUCCGCUCACUAAAGCAUUAGCCCCUGCAGCUUUUCAUGAGCAUAUUGCUCGUAUGGGUGUUGUCACAUUUGAUAUUAAGUUGAUACACGAGAUUAUUGUGGGUUUAGUUGCAAUCAAGACAACGACUGCCUCUUUGGGAUUCUAUAGUAUGAAUACAUAUUUAUGCAAUCCAAGUGGGAGAUUGUUAGAUUUUGGAUUAUAUGUUCCGCAUUUAGUUUUCUCAAACAAUCUCCUAAACAAGAACUUAAAAAAAUUGGACGGAGAGAGAUGUAUGGCAGUAGCCACCAUCGAGCUGAUAUUGGUGUUAUUUUUAGAAUUUCUUUUUUUCCUUAUAAUGUGCACAAAACUCAUCAAAUGUGCAUUAACAUAUGAUGAUAGAGCAAUUAAAAUUGAUGGGCAAAGGAAAUUAAUUAUUUCUGGUUCCAUCCAUUAUCCUCGUAGUACUCCUCAAAUGUGGCCAUCUCUUAUAAGAAAAGCAAAUGAUGGAGGUCUUAAUACUAUUGAGACUUAUGUGUUUUGGAAUGCCCAUGAACCUCAGAGACGUCAGUAUGAUUUCUCUGGAAAUCUAGACUUCAUAAGAUUUUUCAAGACAAUUCGUGACGAAGGACUUUAUGCAAUACUCAGAAUCGGACCUUACGUAUGUGCAGAAUGGACUUACGGAGGUUUACCAGUUUGGUUAAAUAGUUUACCAGGGAUUAAACUCAGAACUAAUAACGAAGUCUUUAAGAAUGAGAUGAAAAAUUUCACUUCCAUAAUUGUGGAUAUGGUCCAACGAGAGAAAUUAUUUGCAUCACAAGGAGGACCUAUAAUUCUUUCUCAGAUUGAAAAUGAAUAUGGAGAUGUUGAAAGUGCCUAUGGAAAUGAUGGUAAAGAUUACGUAAAAUGGUGUGGAGAAAUGGCUGAAAGCUACAAAAUUGGUGUGCCGUGGAUCAUGUGCAAGCAACCAGAUGCACCAUCGCCACUUAUAAAUGCUUGCAAUGGUUUUUACUGUGACCAAUAUGACCAUUAUAAUAAAGGAUUUCCCAAGCUAUGGACUGAGAAUUGGACUGGCUGGUUUCAAGAUUGGGGAUCCAAAGUUCCACAUAGACCUGCUGAAGAUGUUGCAUUUUCUGUUGCACGACACAUCCAAGCUGGCGGCUCUCUCAUGAAUUACUAUAUGUAUCAUGGUGGUACGAAUUUUGGUACCACAGCAGGAGGUCCAUAUAUCACUACAUCCUACGAUUAUGAUGCACCACUUGAUGAAUAUGGUAAUCUUCGUCAACCUAAAUGGGGGCACCUUAGAAACCUUCAUUUGGUAUUGACAUCCAUAGAGGAAACUCUUACCAAUGGACAAAGCUCAACUACUACUUUUGAUGGGAAAAUGCUAUAUGCGACGGUUUUCAGUUAUAAACAUGAAAGAAGUUGCUUUUUGGCGAAUGCGGAACAAGAAGAACACACAAUCACAUUUGAAGACACAGACUAUGUAGUUCCAGCUUGGUCUGUUAGCAUUCUUCCUGACUGCAACCAAGAAGUUUAUAAUACUGCCAAGGUUACUGUGCAAACAUCCAUUAUGGAGAAUAGACCAAAUGUAGAACAAAAUGAUUUGCAAUGGACAUGGAGACGGGAAGUAAUUCGUCAACUUGAUGUCCAAGGAGCUUUUAAUGGAAGUACUUUGAUUGCUAACCAGCUAUUGGAUCAAAAGAUGGUAACCAAUGGUUCUUCUGAUUACUUGUUGUAUAUGACCAAUUAUAAUCAUAGUGCCAAUGAGACUUUCUUGGGAAGUGACAAGGAUGUUUUUCUGCAAGUACAGAGUAAUGGGCAUGUUAUUCAUGCCUUCGUUAAUAAGAAUUAUGUUGGAUCACAAUCCGCAAAUGGUCAGGUAAAAUUUGAAGGGAAAAUUCAAUUAAAGCAAGGAAUUAAUUCAAUAACUUUAGUCAGUGUUACUGUUGGAUAUCCUAAUUAUGGUGGUCACUAUGACACUAUACAACUUGGAGUUAGUGGUCCUGUGAAAUUGGUUGGAAGAAGUAGAAAAGGGAAUCAACCAGAAGUUAGUGUAGACCUUUCAUCAAACACAUGGGUGUAUAAAACUGGUUUGCAGGGAGUUGAUCAAGGAUUUCAUCUUGUUAAUCCUUCAAGUAAAUACCAAUUUUAUACCACAAAUCUACUUAUUCAUGAGCCCUUCACCUGGUACAAGACGCUCUUUGAUGCACCGGUUGGUGAAGAAUCUGUAGUGGUGGAUUUAAACGGAUUGGGGAAAGGAACUGCUUGGAUUAACGGAAACAAUAUCGGAAGAUAUUGGCCUAAAGCUACAGCGCCUAAUGACGGAAGUUGUGAUGCAGAAUGUAGUUAUAUUGGUGAUUAUAGUCAAUCGGGAGCUUCAAAUUCUAGAUGUGUGACCGGUUGUGGUGAGCCAACUCAAAGAUACUAUCAUGUUCCAAGAGAAUGGUUACAGCUAAAGGAUAAUCAGCUAGUGUUGUUCGAAGAAUUCGGCGGCACGCCGGAAUCUGUUAGUAUCCAAAAGGUUACGGUUGGUAAAGUUUGCGGAAAAAGCUCGGAAGGGAAUACUAUAAACUUAUCAUGUGGUUAUGGAAGAAAGUUUUCUAAGGUUAAUUUUGCUAGCUUUGGUCUACCUAAUGGUAACUGUGGAUCUUUCAAGACCAACCCUGAAUGCCAUGUUGAUGUUUCAUCUGUUGUUGAAAAGGCUUGUGUUGGGAAAAGAAGUUGUUCUCUUGAAGUCUCUGAAAGAGCUUUAGCACCUAUACAUUGCUAUGCCAGGGUUUACACAUUGGCCGUUGAAGCUAUUUGUUAGCUCUCCUCUUGGGGUUUCAUCGAUUAGUUAUAGCAACUUAUUGAAAUUUGUCUACUGCAUUGUUGUUUAUAAUUUAUUGAAGUGUACUAAUCAAUUUAUUUUUUUAUUAAUAAUUGUGAAUUUUAGAUUUUU